AUGUCCUGUUUGAAUCCUGUUCUGCUCCAGACCUACCUGUUGCUCUGCUUGAGCCUGCUGACUUGCAAUGUGGCCAACUCGGCCUUCCUGCGUCCCAUCGACCUGAGCCAACUGGCCAAGUCCUCCAGCCUCCAGCAACAGCAGCAACUGCGCGUCGAACUCAACCGGGACGAUGGCAACAACGACGAUGACUCCACCACCCUGGCGCCCAACUCUAGCGAGGACUACGACAGCCGUCCCCAGUACAGCUUCGCCUACGAUGUUAGGGACACUCUGACCGGCGACGACAAGCGGCAGGAGGAGAAGCGCGAUGGCGAUCUGGUCAAGGGUCAGUACUCGCUGAUUGAACCCGAUGGCACCCGUCGCAUUGUGGAGUACACGGCCGAUGAUGUGAGCGGCUUCAAUGCCAUCGUCUCCAAGCAGCGUCUGGAUGAGCAGCAACAGCAAAGGAUCUCCGCCUCCGCAUCGACCUCGUCGCGAUUCAACAGCCUGGAGGAGCUCCAGACCCGACUCACCGCCCAGGCCCUUGCCGAAGCUCAGUCUCUGGCGGAGGCCCAGCAGGCCAGUCAACGGGAAUCGGAGAACCAGGCACGUGCCCAGGCCCAGCAGCUGAUGGAGCAGUUCCAGCAGCAGGUGCAGCAACAGGAGCAACAGCGUCUGCAGCAGGAGCAGCAGCUGAGGGAACUACAGCGUCUGCAGGAGCAGCGUGACCGUGAGGACCGUGAGCUGAGGGAGCGUGAACAGCGGGAGCGGGAACAACGUGAACGGGAGCAGCGAGAGCGGGAGCUUCGUGAUCGUGAGCUGCGUGACCGUGAGCUGAGGGAACGUGAGCAGCGUGAGCGGGAACAGCGCGAACGGGAGCAGCGGGAUCGUGAGUUGAGGGAGCGUGAGCAGCGGGACCGGGAGCAGCGUGAGCGCGAGGAUCGUCGCCAGCAGCAAUUGGAACGUCGCCAGAACCAGAACCAGCGCCUCCUUGACCAGACCCUGCUCCUGACCCAAAGCCUGCCCAGCAUCCAGGCCACCGUUGUCUCGCACCCACCGACUCUGCUGGCCUCUCGGCUGCCGUCCUCAACCACCAGGACCUCCACAACCACUCUGCUGACCCGUGACCGCGACCUCGAAGCCUGGCGCCAGCUGCCCAGUGCCCGCCUUGCCAUUGACCGCAGCUCCCAGCCCUUGAUCCUCAGCCAGCCCUCCAGUGCAUCGAUCCAAGCUCAACUGAUCAGCUCUCCCCUGCUGCUGGAGUCCGCCAACCUGAAUGGCCUAAUCAGCACUCGCCUGAACGGCAACGCCGCCAGGGCAGGAGCCGCUCUCAGCUGGACCAAUGGACGCCGCAUCCUUAACAACGAUCUCUGGCAGCUGGACAGCCGGGAGAACACCAGCCGGGAGGACAACCGGCGGGACGAGAACCGCCGGGAGGAGAACCGCCGGGACGACAACCGCCGGGAUGACAACCGACGGGACAGCGAGGAGCGUCGCUCCCAGACCUGGUAA